AUGAAACAAAGUUUCUUCUCCUUUUCAAUUCUCCUCCUCUUUCUCCUCCAAUGCACCACAACUGUAGCCCAGCCAAUCCCAGCUCCAUUACCUCCUCCAACUCCACCAAGCCCUACCGCAUCUCCUCCAGCUCCACCACUCCCCACCAGCUCACCUCCAGCUCCACUGGUACCCGCUGCUGCUCCAGGUCCAUCUGGCCCCACCAAUGUCACCAAAAUCCUUGAAAAAGCCAAGGGAUUUUCCCUCUUUAUUCGUCUCUUAAAAUCCACCUCAGUGGCUGACCAGAUUGAGAAACAACUCAAUGACUCAAGCAAUGGCGUCACCAUCUUUGCACCAACUGAUGGUGCGUUUUCUAGUCUUAGUUCAGGCGUUCUCAAUUCCUUAAACGACGAAGAAAAGGAAGAAUUAGUCCAAUUUCAUGUAAUCUCUUCAUACAUCCCUCUGUCACAGUUUCAAACCGUGAGUAACCCACUAAGAACAAAUGCAGGAGACACAAGUAAAUACACCUUUCCACUUAAUGUGACCGCGUAUCCAAAUUCAGUUAAUAUCUCAACAGGUAUUACCAACACUAGUUUGUCAGGUACUGUAUACAGUGAUGGGCAGCUAGCAAUUUAUCAAGUAGACAAAGUGCUUCUUCCCUGGAACAUUUUUGGCGCCAAGCCUCCAGCACCAGCAUCUUCACCAACAAAACGUAAGAAGGAGAGCGAUGAUAGCACUAGCGAUGAUACUACUGUUACAGAUAGUUCAAGCGAUGAUAUAGUGAACGCCUCAGGUGCAAUUAGUCUCAAGAUCACGACCAUGCAAAAUAUGGUUUUCUCUGGGGUUGCCAUGGUUGCAGCAACAAUAUUUUCGUUAUGACUGCAAUAGAAUUUUUGUGCGUUAAGGUAGAAUUUCCUUUCUGGUAAUGGGUUAUGAUUUUGCAGAGUCAGAUUGAAUGCUGUUGAUCGACAAUAAAUGGACAUGGUGAGCUCUUUCCAAUAAUUGUCCAGUCUUAUUUAUGAACAUCUUUGUUUGAUUUUUUUUCAUAUUUCCUUUGAACUUUAAGGGUUUUUUUUUUUUUUU